CUCGAUGUUUUGAGUGUGUGCGCGCGUGUGUGUCUCUGUGUGUGUGCGCGCCCCCCUCCACGUUUCUCUGAAAUUGACGCCCCAAGGGGGAGCGAUCGGAAGAAGAUCGAGAUCGCGCAUCACGCAUCCGAUUGCCUCGUGUUUCCUAAUACCUGCGGGGGCUCAAGCCCUGCCGUCCUGGCGGCAGGAUGGUUUAGGGAUCCCUGAAUGGAGGAACCCGAAAGGACUGGAUCUCAGAAGGCCAGCUGUUGUGUAUCCUGCUUUGGGAUGACCAGAGUGGCUCCCAGUUGCUGACAGCUCCAGCACUGAAUGCAGCAUGGCCCGUCUCAUCCACGCCCUAUGGAGUCUCUGCAUCACCACCAUCCUUGUCACCUCAGCCACACAAGCAGGUCUGAGCCGGGCUGGCUUACCUUUCGGUCUGGUUCGACGGGAAUUGGCAUGCGAGGGCUAUCCUAUUGAGCUGCGCUGCCCAGGCAGUGAUGUCAUCAUGGUGGAAAAUGCCAAUUAUGGGCGCACGGACGACAAGAUCUGUGACGCCGAUCCCUUCCAGAUGGAGAACGUCCAGUGCUACCUUCCAGAUGCUUUCAAAAUCAUGUCCCAAAGGUGCAAUAACCGGACGCAAUGUGUUGUGGUGGCUGGUUCGGAUGCUUUCCCAGACCCUUGCCCCGGCACCUACAAAUACCUGGAGGUCCAGUAUGACUGUGUCCCCUACAUAGAAGUGGAACAGAAAGUAUUCGUUUGCCCGGGGACGCUGCACAAGAUCCUGGAACCUACCUCAACCCAUGAAUCAGAACACCAGUCUGGUGCCUGGUGCAAGGACCCCCUUCAAGCUGGAGAUCGAAUCUAUGUCAUGCCGUGGAUUCCAUACCGGACAGAUACACUGACCGAGUACGCUUCAUGGGAAGACUAUGUGGGUGCCCGUCACACCACCACAUAUCGCCUACCCAACAGGGUUGACGGCACCGGCUUUGUGGUGUAUGAUGGAGCUGUCUUUUACAACAAGGAGCGGACACGCAACAUUAUCAAGUAUGAUCUGCGGACACGCAUUAAGAGUGGGGAGACAGUUAUCAAUACAGCCAAUUAUCAUGAUACCUCACCCUACCGUUGGGGUGGCAAAACUGACAUUGACCUUGCUGUGGAUGAAAAUGGGCUGUGGGUCAUCUACGCCACUGAAGGAAACAACGGACGGCUAGUAGUGAGCCAGCUCAAUCCCUACACACUACGCUUUGAGGGCACUUGGGAGACUGGCUACGACAAGCGCUCAGCAUCCAAUGCCUUCAUGGUGUGUGGGGUGCUCUAUGUGGUACGAACAGUCUACGUAGAUGAUGACAGUGAAGCAGCUGGUAACCGUGUUGACUAUGCCUUCAACACCAACAUGAACCGUGAAGAACCCAUCUCCCUGACCUUCCCAAACCCUUACCAGUUCAUCUCCUCCAUUGAUUACAACCCCCGUGACAACCAGCUUUAUGUAUGGAACAACUACUUUGUCUUGCGCUACUCCCUUGAAUUUGGCCCUCCUGACCCUAGCACUGGCCCUGUCACCUCAACGCCACUCAGCACUACGACCACCAUCCGUCCCACAACAAUAACCAGCACCAUCUCACCUGCUGCCACAACAACUACACGGCAAGCACCUCUUACCACCCAUCCCGUCGGUGCCAUCAAUCAGAAGGGUACAGAGGCGCACCCCGUCACGGCCAUAGUCCCCAGCACUCGCCGCCCACCAGCAAACAACCAGCAUCUCACCCCAGAGCUCUUCUGCGAGGCCAAGGAGGUGCGGCGUGUGCAGUGGCCGGCCACCCAACAAGGCAUGCUGGUCGAGAGGCCAUGUCCUAAAGGCACACGAGGCAUUGCUUCCUUCCAAUGUCUUGCAUCUCUUGGAAUCUGGAACCCACGAGGGCCUGAUCUCAGCAACUGCACAAGUCCUUGGGUCAACCAGGUGGCACAAAAGAUCAAGAGUGGAGAGAAUGCAGCCAAUAUUGCCAGCGAGCUUGCCCGUCACACACGUGGCGCCAUCUAUGCUGGAGAUGUCAGCUCCUCUGUCAAACUGAUGGAACAGCUCCUGGACAUCCUGGAUGCCCAACUUCAGGCACUGCGCCCCAUCGAGAGAGAGUCAGCUGGCAAGAACUACAACAAGAUGCACAAGAGAGAAAGGACAUGCAAGGACUAUAUCAAGGCUGUGGUAGAGACAGUGGACAACCUCCUGCGACCGGAGGCAUUAGAGUCCUGGAAGGACAUGAAUGCCACAGAGCAAGUGCACACAGCCACCAUGCUGCUGGACAUCCUGGAGGAGGGAGCCUUCUUAUUGGCUGACAAUGUCAAAGAGCCAGCCCGCUUUGUCACUGCCAAGAGUAAUGUGGUGCUGGAGGUGUCAGUGUUGAAUACAGAGGGACAGGUGCCAGAUAUUGUAUUCCCAAAUGAAUAUGCUACCAGAAACUCCAUUCAGCUCUCAGCCAACACAAUCAAGCAAAACAGCCGUAAUGGGGUGGUCAAGGUUGUCUUUAUCCUGUACAACAAUCUGGGAUUUUUCCUCUCAACUGAGAAUGCCACCAUUAAACUGGGUAGUGAGGUUGGUCCGCUCAGUCCCUCCUUGGUUGUCAAUUCACAAGUUAUUGCUGCCUCUAUCAAUAAGGAAUCCAGCCGUGUUUUCCUUAUGGACCCUGUGAUCUUCACUCUUUCACACUUGGAGGACAAGAACCACUUCAAUGCCAACUGCUCCUUCUGGAACUACUCAGAACGCUCCAUGAUGGGAUACUGGUCCACACAGGGUUGCCGGCUGGUGGAAACCAACAGGACCCACACCACUUGUGCCUGCAGCCAUCUCACCAACUUCGCUGUGCUGAUGGCACACCGUGAAAUUUACCAGGGCCGCAUCAAUGAGCUGCUGCUCUCUGUCAUCACGUGGGUGGGCAUUGUGAUUUCCCUGGUCUGCCUGGCCAUUUGCAUCUCCACCUUCUGCUUUCUGCGUGGACUGCAGACUGACCGCAACACCAUCCACAAAAAUCUCUGCAUCAAUCUCUUCAUCACAGAGCUCCUCUUUCUCAUUGGCAUCGAUAAGACACAGUAUGAGAUUGCCUGCCCCAUUUUUGCAGGCCUGCUGCACUACUUCUUCCUGGCUGCAUUCUCCUGGAUGUGCCUGGAGGCCAUCCACCUUUACCUCAUGCUGGUUGAGGUCUUCGAGAGCGAGUACUCCCGCAAGAAAUACUACUACUUAGGGGGCUAUUGCUUCCCUGCUCUGGUUGUGGGUAUUGCUGCUGCCAUUGACUACCGCAGCUAUGGCACCGAGAAAGCAUGCUGGCUUCGUGUGGAUAAUUACUUCAUCUGGAGUUUCAUUGGACCCGUCUCUUUUGUCAUUGUGAUCAACCUGGUGUUCCUCAUGAUCACACUGCACAAGAUGAUCCGCAACACAUCCGUCCUGAAACCAGAUUCCAGUCGAUUGGACAACAUCAAGUCAUGGGCACUUGGAGCCAUCACCCUCCUUUUUCUCCUGGGGCUCACCUGGGCAUUUGGCCUCCUCUUCAUCAACAAGGAGUCUAUUGUUAUGGCCUACCUCUUCACCACCUUCAAUGCUUUCCAGGGCAUGUUCAUCUUCGUGUUUCAUUGUGCUUUGCAGAAAAAGGUUCACCGUGAAUUCAGCAAAUGCCUGCGACAUGCAUCCUGCUGCCUGCGGAGUCCACCAGGGGCCACUCUGGGCUCCCUCAAGACUUCAGCCAUCCGUAGCAACAAUCGUUACUACACUGGAACGCAGAGCCGGAUCCGAAGAAUGUGGAACGAUACUGUAAGGAAACAAACUGAGUCCAGCUUCAUGGCAGGUGACCUCAACAGCACCCCCACCCUUAACCGAGGUACCAUGGGGAACCACCUGCUGACUAACCCCGUGCUGCAGACACGGGGCGGGACCAGUCCCUACAACACACUUAUUGCUGAGUCUGUGGGCUUCAACCCUGCCUCGCCCCCUGUCUUCAACUCCCCAGGGAGCUUCCGAGAGUCCAAGCACCCCCUGAACAACAGCCGAGACGCCUGUGGCAUGGACACCCUCCCGCUCAAUGGCAACUUCAAUAACAGCUACUCCCUCCGCAGUGGCGACUUCCCAGCCGACGGCACCAAGAUGGCUGACUGCCGACGGAACCUGAGCGACGCUGCGGCCUUUGAGAAAAUGAUCAUCUCUGAGUUGGUGCAUAACAACUUGAGGGGGGGAGGGAGUGGUGUGGUCAAGGGAGGCGGGGGUUCCACUGAGAGCUCCAACCCUCCUGGGCCCCCUCCCCCUCCCAAUGUAGUAGCAGGGGGAGGGGGCACCAACAAUGAGGAUGACGCCAUUGUGCCUGAUGCCCCUUCCUUGACCCAUGAGGAGAACAUGGAAAUUGAACUUAUGUAUAAGGCCUUAGAGGAGCCGCUCUUGCUUCAGAGGGCACAGUCCAUCCUCUACCAGAGUGACCUGGAGGAGUCGGAGAGCUGCACAGCUGACCUAACAGAAGGGGGUGACGGCCAAGCCCCUUCGCCCAACAGGGACUCUUUGUACACCAGUAUGACCAACCUGAGGGACUCCCCAUACCCGGACAGCAGCCCCGAGGCAGUUGGGGAAGUGCUUCCUCACGCCCAAGCCAUCAAUGAAAUCUACUAUACCAACCGGCCAGCCUUGGUGCCACGCAGCCAGCUCCAGGCCUACUACCAAGUCCGAAGACCCAGCAAUGAUGGCUAUUUGGUCCCAGGAAGCUUAGAAAACCCAGCAGUAGAGGGAGAUGGCCAAAUGCAGCUGGUGACCAGCCUCUGAGGGGCUGCAAAGGGACUUGAGGGACCAUACCCCUGACCCCAAUACGGCCUCCUUGCCGUGACCUGAACAUUUUCAUUUUUUUUUCCUGGAGGAAAGGGUGGGGAAGAAGAGAAUGGAGCAGGGCUGGGGAAUGAACCGAGGGGAGGAGGUGGCGGAAGAAAGAGCUGAGGCAGAGAGGGCUUCUCCAACGGGGUGGCAGCCAUUUUCUCCAGCUUUCCUUCUACCCAAUGGAAGUUUUCCAGAGAGAAGUCGACACUUGGCCUAUUUGGUUAUGUCGAUUCCUUUUCCAGGCAAUUACAAUGGAGGAAGGAGGGAAGUUUCUAGGCUAAAAGGAUGAGACCUAUUUUGUCAUUACCUCCAACCUAGAAAAUGGCGGGUUGUAGGGAGGAAAAUAGAUUGAAAAAAGAUUUUUCUUCAAAAAAAAAAGUUUCUUUUUAUUGCUACAAAACUCAAAGCCAUGAGGGUGCCACAUAUGCAGAGAACGGGGCACCCUGGGGAAACGCUUUGCCUCCUGGCUCAGCACCUGCUCUCCACCCUCCCCUCGUCAUGACUUUGUCGGCCUGCUUUUCAGGUCAGGAUGAAGAGCAAACAGGGCCUUAAUGGCACUUGGCCUUACUGGGGCAUAGGUACAACUGUUGCCAACAAACAAAACAACAACAAAGUACCAUAGAAAGAGGAAGGUGUUUUGGGGGGAAAGAGGAAGGAGUUGUUCCGAGGAAGCUAAGCCCAGAAGCUGCCUUUCAGUAUUUGUUGACUGUCACAUAUAUCAGCAAGAUUUGCAUCUUAGGUUCUUUUUUUUUUUCAGAUUGGCAGGGCAGCAGGAAGGUUUCCUUGUUUCUCUCUUAUUUUUAAAAGCCCAUGUAGGAAUGUUUGACUUGCACCAUUGUUUUGGGAGAAGAAAAAGGAAGUGGCACUGAGAUGGCUAUCUUUGGACUUUAUUUUUUUAUAAAUUUUGUGGCUGCAUUUAGUGGCAAUUUCCCUCUUAGCUGCUUUGGUCUGGCCACCUGGUGUGAAAUAAAAUGUCACAAAAUAGCAGUGGAGGAGGGAUGGGCGUGGGGGGAGGCAGUUCUUCCUGUGCCAUCCCUUGAUCUCAGUUCUGUCAGUCCCCUACGUAGGCCAAGUGAGUUGCUGCUCCAGCAUUUAGCAGGGAUGCAAGAAGAAAACUCUGCUCUUCCGUUUCAUUCCUCCCUACAAAGAAGUGAAAGUCAAGAGUACCUGAAAUGCAAAUAUGGCUGCCAUCCGAACACAUUUGGGACCACAUGGGGGCGGGGCGGGGGAAGAGGCCUGUUGAACUUUUAUUUUUCCAAGCUGGAUAGUAUGUCCUUCAG